AUGUACGACUCGACCGGCUGCGGCAGGCGGCACGGCAUCUUGCAGGGAUGGGUGGCUGAGACCCUGCUGGCAUUGCUGGCGAGCCGGCCAUCGGGGGCUCCUGGUCCAGCGACCUUGAAGGGGCUGGGGGAGCGGAGGGCUCAGCUCCAAGUUGUUCUGUCGCUGUUCUGGUUUUACUGGGACUUCACGAUGCUGCUCUUCAUGGUGGGCAACCUGAUCAUCAUUCCCGUGGGCAUUACCUUCUUCAAGGAGGAGACCACAGCGCCCUGGAUUGUGUUCAAUGUGGUCUCUGACACCUUCUUCCUGAUGGACCUGGUGCUGAACUUCCGGACGGGGAUUGUCAUUGAGGACAACACGGAAAUCAUCCUGGACCCUGAGAGGAUCAAGAAGAAGUACCUCAAGACCUGGUUUGUGGUGGACUUUGUCUCCUCCAUCCCCGUGGACUACGUCUUCCUCAUUGUGGAGAAGGGCAUAGACUCGGAGGUGUACAAGACGGCCCGCGCCCUCCGCAUUGUCCGCUUCACCAAGAUCCUCAGCCUCCUGCGGCUCCUCCGUCUCUCCCGGCUCAUCCGCUACAUCCACCAGUGGGAGGAGAUCUUCCACAUGACCUAUGACCUGGCCAGCGCGGUGAUGAGGAUCAUCAACCUCAUCGGUAUGAUGCUGCUGCUCUGCCACUGGGACGGCUGCCUCCAGUUCCUCGUGCCCAUGCUGCAGGAUUUCCCCCAGAACUGCUGGGUCUCCAUCAAUGGGAUGGUGAAUGACUCCUGGAGCGAGCUGUACUCCUUUGCCCUCUUCAAGUCAAUGAGCCACAUGCUCUGCAUCGGCUAUGGGAAGCAGGCACCCGAGAGCAUGACGGACAUCUGGCUGACGAUGCUGAGCAUGAUUGUGGGGGCCACCUGCUACGCCAUGUUCAUCGGCCACGCCACCGCCCUCAUCCAGUCACUGGACUCCUCCCGGCGCCAAUACCAGGAGAAGGGGGCGGCGCUGCGGCGGCACACAGCCAUGUACACCCCCGUCCAGCCCCGGGUCACCUCCGCCAUCGCCACCCUCCAGCAAGCCGUUGCCAUGAGCUUCUGCCCGCAGAUGGCCAGCCCGCUGGUGGGCUCCAUGGGCCUGGGCUCGCCCCACAUGAUGCGCCGCUUGCAGUACGCCCAGGCUGUGCCCAGCCCCUUCCCCUUC